UUCCCAGCUGGGGGACAGAAGGCGGAGACCUUGGUGGCCGGGCUCAGUGAUCGCGGGAGAGCGCCCUGGCUCCCCCUCCGCGCCCUGCACUGAGCCCCUCCGCCCAGUCCACCUGAGCCUCCCUGGGAAGGCGGCUGAGUCCACACCAGGUGACAAAGAGUUAAAUCGGACCCGCCUAGCAACCCCAAACCACGGAGCUUGGAGCUGCCGCGGAGAGAGCGAAAUCCAGCAUUUGGUGGGCGCGGAGUCGGGUCCAGAUGGAGUCCCGUCUGGGCCCCGCCGCUCGCUGAAGCCGCGAAGAGCCGCAGCGCCUGACCCCCCGGGACAGGGGACACCGUGCGGGCCAGCUGCGGCCAGGGCACCGGGCUGGACCCCAGACCAGGCAGGAAGCCGGGACCGCCGGGGCGCAUAGGGCUGGACCAGGGCUGCGGAUGCAGGGGAGCGUUGCUAGGAGACAAGGUGAGCCCUCCGUUCCUUCGAGCCUGGCACCCCUCGCCUGCCACAGCUAGGAUGCCGACCGACAGGGUCUCACUAUGUAGCUAUGCCUGGCUUGGAAAUCCAUUGUAGCCCAGGCUGGCCUCAGACUCACAGCGAUCCACUUGUCUCUGCCCACCGAGUGCUGGGAUUUCAGCGGCGCUGGGCUCCUGGGACUCAAUGUAUGACCAAGUGUGAGAACUCACGCCCCAAGCCGGGUGAGCUGGCCUUCCGCAAGGGAGACAUGGUGACCAUCUUGGAGGCCUGUGAGGACAAGAGCUGGUACCGCGCCAAGCACCACAGCAGCGGGCAGGAAGGGCUGCUGGCCGCCGCGGCCCUGCGGCCUCGGGAGGCGCUCUCCACAGACCCCAAGCUCAGCCUCAUGCCCUGGUUCCACGGCAAGAUCUCGGGACAGGAAGCCGUGCAGCAGCUGCAGCCCCCGGAGGACGGGCUGUUCCUCGUGCGGGAAUCGGCCCGCCACCCCGGGGACUACGUCCUGUGUGUCAGCUUUGGCCGCGACGUCAUCCACUACCGCGUGCUGCACCGAGACGGGCACCUGACCAUCGACGAGGCCGCGUGCUUCUGUAAUCUGAUGGACAUGGUGGAGCAUUACACCAAGGACAAGGGGGCCAUCUGCACCAAGCUGGUCAAGCCAAAGAGGAAGCAGGGUGCCAAGUCGGCGGAGGAGGAGCUUGCAAAGGCUGGCUGGCUACUGGACCUGCAGCACCUGACGCUGGGAGCACAGAUCGGAGAGGGGGAGUUUGGAGCUGUCCUGCAGGGCGAGUACCUGGGCCAGAAGGUGGCCGUGAAGAAUAUCAAGUGUGACGUCACAGCCCAGGCCUUCCUGGAUGAGACAGCUGUGAUGACAAAGCUGCAGCACAGGAACCUGGUGCGACUCCUCGGCGUGAUCCUGCACCAUGGCUUGUACAUUGUCAUGGAGCAUGUGAGCAAGGGCAACCUGGUGAACUUCCUGCGCACUCGGGGCCGCGCGCUCGUGAGUACCUCCCAGCUCCUGCACUUUUCUCUGCACGUUGCCGAGGGCAUGGAGUAUCUGGAGAGCAAGAAGCUGGUACACCGGGACCUGGCUGCCCGCAACAUCCUGGUCUCUGAGGACCUCGUGGCCAAGGUCAGUGACUUCGGCCUAGCGAAGGCCGAGCGGAAGGGGCUGGACUCAAGCCGGCUGCCAGUCAAGUGGACAGCACCCGAGGCUCUCAAGAAUGGGCGGUUCUCCAGCAAGUCGGACGUCUGGAGUUUUGGGGUACUGCUGUGGGAAGUCUUCUCAUAUGGAAGAGCCCCAUACCCGAAGAUGUCGCUAAAGGAGGUGUCCGAGGCUGUGGAGAAGGGUUACCGCAUGGAGCCGCCUGAUGGCUGCCCGGGCCCGGUGCACGCCCUCAUGGGCGGCUGCUGGGAGGCAGAGCCCGCGCGCAGACCUUCCUUCCGCAAAAUAGCCGAGAAGCUGGGACGAGAGCUCCGCAGUGCUGGCCUCACAGCUCCCACUGGGGGACAGGAGGCUGAGGGCUCAGCCCCCCCACGGAGCCAGGACACCUGACCCCCCAAGGGUGGAGCAAAGGACUGAGGUGCAGAGGGCCAGGCCAGGCCAGCGCACAGGCUCCGCUGCCCCUGGAACCCCCACACCCAGGGCACCCCAUAAAGAGUGAUUGGAAGGACUUUGUACAGUGUCUCUUCGACGCCCGUGGUCCUCCUGGGUGGGGAGAGGCCUGCACAGUCAGCUCCAUGCUGCAGCGGCCAUGCCCGGCCCCACGA